CCUAGAGUGUUUGUUCCAGAUGAAGGGCACAUGAGACAGACUAUUAGUCCUAUAGUGUUUGCUCCAGAUGAAGGGCACAUCAGACAGACUAUUAGUCCUAGAGUGUUUGUUCCAGAUGAAGGGCACAUCAGACAGACUAUUAGUCCUAGAGUGUUUGUUCCAGGUAAAGGGUACAUUACACAGACUAUUAGUCCUAGAGUGUUUGUACAAGGUGAAGGGUACGUUACACAGACUAUUAGUCCUAGAGUGUUUGUUCCAGGUGAAGGGUACAUCAGACAGACUAUUAGUACUAGAGUGUUUGUUCCAGGUGAAGGGCACAUCAGACAGACUAUUAGUCCUAGAGUGUUUGUUCCAUGUGAAGGGUACAUUACACAGACUAUUAGUCCUAGAGUGUUUGUUCCAGAUGAAGGGCACAUCAGACAGACUAUUAGUCCUAGAGUGUUUGUUCCAGGUGAAGGGUACAUCAGACAGACUAUUAGUCCUAGAGUGUUUGUUCCAGAUGAAGGGCACAUCAGACAAACUAUUAGUCCUAUAGUGUUUGUUCCAGAUGAAGGGUACAUUACACAGACUAUUAGUCCUAUAGUGUUUGUUCCAGAUGAAGGGUACAUUACACAGACUAUUAGUCCUAGAGAGUUUGUUCCAGGUAAAGGGUACAUUACACAGACUAUUAGUCCUAGAGUGUUUGUACAAGGUGAAGGGUACGUUACACAGACUAUUAGUCCUAGAGUGUUUGUUCCAGGUGAAGGGUACAUCAGACAGACUAUUAGUCCUAGAGUGUUUGUUCCAGGUGAUGGGCACAUCAGACAGACUAUUAGUCCUUUAGUGUUUGUUCCAUGUGAAGGGUACAUUACACAGACUAUUAGUCCUAGAGUGUUUGUUCCAGGUGAAGGGUACGUUACACAGACUAUUAGUCCUAGAGUGUUUGUUCCAGGUGAAGGGUACAUCAGACAGACUAUUAGUCCUAGAGUGUUUGUUCCAGGUGAAGGGUACGUUACACAGACUAUUAGUCCUAGAGUGUUUGUUCCAGAUGAAGGGUACGUUACACAGACUAUUAUUCAAAGAGUGUUCGUUCCAGGUGAAGGGUACGUUACGCAGACUAUUAGUCCUAGAGUGUUUGUUCCAGGUGAAGGGCAUAUCAGACAGACUAUUAGUCCUAGAGUGUUUGUUCCAGAUGAAGGGUACGUUACACAGACUAUUAUUCAAAGAGUGUUCGUUCCAGGUGAAGGGUACGUUACGCAGACUAUUAGUCCUAGAGUGUUUGUUCCAGGUGAAGGGCAUAUCAGACAGACUAUUAGUCCUAGAGUGUUUGUUCCAGAUGAAGGGCACAUCAGACAGACUAUUAGUCCUAGAGUGUUUGUUCCAGGUGAAGGGUACUUUACACAGAGUCGACACGUGAUGUGGAUGUUGCCUACCAUCAUCUUGUUCUUCACGACUAUUUGUUGCUGGAAGAGUGGACGAUGUAGAAGAACCUCUAAUAGAUGGUGUGCCUGGCUGAUUGAAAGAGUCCCUCGGUCACUCUGGACUGGUCGGAAUCCACUGCCCCAAGUGACCACAGGAGAGUCUGAUAUACAGGACUCCACUGAUCCCAGUCAGGGUGGGAGCGAUACGGACCAAAUGCUCCCAGGGGCCAAACCAACGUCUUCUACACACGCGACUCCAUCACAAGCAGACCACGACCUCUACUACGCCAGCAGCGACGGUGACCUGGAGGCUGUGGAGCGGAUCCUGUCAGCGGGUCACGUGGACAUCAACAAUAGAGGAGAGUGGAGCAGGACACCGGUGAUGGCGGCAGCAUGGCGGGGACACAGGGAUGUGGUGGAGAUCCUUGUGAGUCGAGGUGCUGAUGUGUCACUGGUGGACGAUAGCGGUUACAACGUCCUUCACUACGCCUGUGUGGGAGGAGACAGGGAGACAGUGGAGUUUGUCCUGUCUCUGGACGGGGUGGACAUCAACAGUAGAGGAGGGGGGAGCUGGAAACCGGUGAUGUGGGCGGCACGUGAGGGACACAGAUAUGUGGUGGAGCUCCUUGUGAGUCGAGGUGCUGAUGUGUCACUGGUGGACGAUGUCGGUAACAACAUCCUUCACUACACCUGUGUGGGAGGAGACAGGGAGACAGGGGAGUUUGUCCUGUCUCUGGACGGGGUGGACAUCAACAGUAGAGGCGAGAGGAGCAGGACACCGGUGAUGGAGGCAGCACGUGAGGGACACAGGGAUGUGGUGGAGCUCCUAGUGAGUCGAGGUGCAGAUGUGUCACUGGUGGACGAUGACGGUGACAACAUCCUUCACUACGCCUGUGGGGGAGGAGACAGGAAGACAGUGGAGUUGGUCCUGUCUCUGGACGGUGUGGACAUCAACGCCAGGAACAACAUCGGGCAGACAACGGCCGACGUGGCGAGAGGCUGGCGACAUCAUCAACUGUCGGAUCUCCUGGUGUCACGUGGUGGACACUGAAGUCAGUGUAGUGUUGGUGUAGACAGUCAUGGAGUACAUGUGGUUACUGACACUGACGUGGCGUGUGACGUUCACGUCACCGUGUUUCAUAUUUCAGUAUUAAG